UUUCAUCGCAAGCUUAAUGGCAGCCUACACAUUUGCCACGCUUGCUUUGUAAAGUGUGCGUUUUCUCCUUAUUCAUAUAUACAUUUAAACUUAUAUAUAUAUAAAAAAAUAAGAUUUUACCAUGUCCGGGAGGCACAACAACAAACUGCCAAACAAUCUGCCGCAACUGCAGAAUCUCAUAAAACGAGAUCCACAGUCCUACGUAGAUGAGUUUCUGCAGCAGUACAGACACUACCAGUCCAAUGUGCAGAUCUUUAAACUGCAGCCUGACAAGCCCAACAAGGAGCUGGCAGACCUUGUAAUGUUUCUUGCUCAGGUUGCUCACUGUUACCUGCAGCACCUGUCCACCUUUCCGCAAGAGCUGUCCGAGUUGCUGAUGAGUCACCACACGGUCCUGGAGCACGACCUCAGAAUGACCUUCUGCAAAUCGUUGAUUCUUUUGAGGAAUAAAGAUCUGAUCGACCCCUCUGGCCUCUUGGAGCUCUUCUUUGAGCUGCUGCGAUGUCACGACAAGCUUCUCAGAAAGACGCUGUACACACACAUCGUCGCAGACAUCAAAAACAUCAAUGCCAAACACAAAAACAACAAAGUGAAUACAACAUUACAGAACUUCAUGUACACCAUGCUGAGAGACAGUAACCCCAUAGCUGCAAAGAUCUCCUUAGAUGUUAUGGGGGAGCUAUACAAAAGGAACAUAUGGAAUGAUGCCAAAACAGUGAAUGUCAUUACCACAGCGUGUUUCUCCAAGGUGACCAAGAUCCUUGUUGCCGGUCUUAAAUUUUUCCUGGGCAAAGAUGAGGAUGAGAAAAAUGACAGUGACUCCGAUUCAGAGGCAAAGGGACCAUCAGUCCGAGACCUGAAGGUGAGAUACUCCACUGGCAAGAAAACCUCCAAAAGCAAGAAGAAGAUGGAAAAGGCGAUGAAAGUCCUCAAGAAACACAAGAAGAAGAGAAAAGUGGAAGUUUUCAAUUUCUCUGCUAUUCACCUGAUUCAUGAUCCUCAAGAUUUCUCUGAGAAACUCCUGAAGCAGUUGGAAGAGUCUAAAGAACGCUUUGAGGUGAAGAUCAUGACGAUGGAGCUCAUAUCCCGGCUGGUUGGAAUCCAUGAGCUCUUCCUCUUCAAUUUUUACCCAUUCAUCCAGAGGUUUCUUCAGCCGCAUCAAAGAGAGGUGACAAAGAUUCUCCUCUGUGCUGCCCAGGCUUCACACCAACUCGUUCCACCAGAGGUAAUCGAACCUGUUAUCAUGACCAUCGCCAACAACUUUGUAACGGACAGAAACUCAGGGGAAGUCAUGACUGUGGGUAUCAAUGCCAUCAAGGAAUUGACGGCCCGCUGUCCACUCGCCAUCAAUGAAGACCUGCUGCAGGACCUGGCCCAGUACAAGUUGCACAAAGACAAGAAUGUGAUGAUGUCAGCCAGAGGACUGAUCCAGCUGUUCAGGAGUCUGAAUCCACAGAUGCUGCACAAGAGGGACAGGGGGAGACCGACUGAGGCGUCAGGAGAGGCCAAGAUCAAAGACUACGGAGAGCUGGAGGCUAAAGACUACAUCCCUGGGGCUGAAGUCCUGGAGGUGGAGGAGGGGAAGAAAGACGGAGAGGAGGAGGAGGACGACGGCUGGGAGAGUGCCAGUGUCAAUGAAGAUGAUGAAUAUGGGGAGUGGGUGGACGUUCACCACUCGUCUGAUGAAGAUACAACAGAAAUGGCUGAGAAGCUUCAGAGUAUGCCCGUGGAGGAGAGAAAAGCCAAAGCAGCGGCGGUCAGCGGCAGCAGGCUCCUCACUCAAGACGACUUCAAGAAGAUCCGCCUGGCUCAGCUGUCCAAGGAGGUCAACGCUGCACCAGGCAAGGGCCAGAAGAGGAAGGUUGUGGACAGUGAUGACGAGGGUGACAACAGAGGAGAGCUGCUGACCUUGAGGAAUAUCGAGAAGCUGCAUAAGAAACCAAAAGCAGACAAGGAAACCCGGCUAGCAACAGCAAUGGCUGGACGCACAGACCGUAAGGACUUUGUGAAAAAGCAUACCAAGCUGAACCCACACGCCAGCACCAGCAACAGGGAGAAGAGGAAGACAAAGAACUUCAUGAUGAUGAGACACAGUCAGAAUGUCAGAACAAAGGGCAAACGCUCCUUCAGAGAAAAACAGGUGGCUCUUCGGGAUGCACUUCUGAAAAGGAAGAAGCAGUACAAGUAGGACACAUGGACCUGAUUGUUUAAUAUGCCUAAUAAUAUUGUACAUCCUUCAAGCAUCCUAUAAAACAUGGUUAGUUUUAUGUAUUCAUAUAUGUUAUUUGGAUAAUUAAUUGCAUACAUUUUCAGUGUCUUGAAAUAAACAAUCUUUGGUUA